AUGUCGGCCUUCAGUCGUAAUCUGUGCAGCACCGCGUCACGAAACCUCCGCUCGCGGUCCUCCAUCCUAGCCAAAGCUACAAGGCCAAUUGCUCUGCAGACAACUCCCUCUACUACUCCCUUUGUCUCCCGAAGUGUAGCAGCACCAGCCUUCUCCACCAUGGCCGCCCUCAAGAGCUCCGUCGCACAGACGCUGAGCAAGCGCGAGUACGACCCCGAGAUCAAGGACAUGGCGAACUAUAUCCAUAACACGCCCAUUGAUUCCGAGCUUGCGUACGACACUGCUCGCUGGGUCUUCGUCGACACUCUGGGCUGCGGUCUUGAAGGUCUGCGAUUCGAGCAGUGCAGGAAGAUUCUUGGUCCCGUUGUGGAAGGCACAACCGUUCCCAACGGUACCAAGGUGCCGGGCACAAACUACCAGCUCGAUCCCGUAAACGGUGCCUUCAACAUUGGUGCUAUGAUUCGAUGGCUUGACUUCAACGACUGCUGGCUAGCUGCCGAGUGGGGCCACCCCUCUGACAACUUGGGAGCCAUCCUCGCAACUGCCGACUGGAUCACACGAACAAACAAAGCUGGAGGAAACCUCGGCAAUGGAAAAAUCUUCAAGGUCAGAGACAUAUUGGAAGCCAUGAUCAGGGCACACGAAAUUCAGGGAUGCAUGGCCCUUGAGAACUCGUUCAACAAGGUCGGUCUGGACCAUGUCAUUCUGGUCAAGCUUGCGUCGACAGCUGUCGUUUCCAAGAUGAUGGGACUCAGCGAGUCACAAACGCGUGAUGCCAUCUCUCAGGCCUUUGUUGAUGGCCAGUCCAUGCGCACUUACCGCCACUCGCCCAACACCAUGUCGCGCAAGUCCUGGGCUGCCGGUGAUGCUUGCCAGACCGCUGUGAACCUCGUGCUCAAGGUCAUGAAGGGCGAACAAGGUCUGCCUACCGUUCUGUCAGCUCCUACUUGGGGCUUCUACGACGUCAACUUUGGUGGCAAGCCUUUCCAGUUCCAGAGAGGGUAUGGCAGCUACGUCAUGGAGAACGUGCUGUUCAAAGUCUCGUAUCCUGCUGAGUUCCACUCCCAGACCGCAGUCGAAGCUGCCCAACGCCUGAACAAGAAGCUGAAGGCGAUGGGCAAGAGCGCCAAAGAUAUUGAAAGCGUCGUAAACCGAACCCACGAGGCCUGCAUUCGUAUCAUCGAUAAGCAGUUCAAGCCCAUGGAAAACUUUGCUGAUCGUGAUCACUGUGUUCAAUACAUGGUCUCCACCAUGUUUGUUUUCAACCGCCUUGAAGCCACCGACUACCCAGAUGAUAGCGAAGCUGCCACUUCGGAACUUGUCGAGUCUCUCCGUCAGCGCAUCAGCUGCGUAGAAGACCCACAGUUUACCAAGGACUACCAUGACCCAGAGAAGCGAACCAUCUCUAAUGCACUCACGGUAACGCUCAAGGACGGCACUGUCUUGGAUGAGGAGGUUGUUGAAGCUCCUCUUGGCCAUCGUCUGAGGCGUGAAGAAGCUAAGCCUGAGAUUCUCGCAAAGUACAAGAGGCACCUCGGCCCGCACUUCCCGGCAGAGCACGUGGACAAGCUGGUCGCGUUGGCCCAAGACAGCAAAUCGCUCGAUAACAUGGACAUUGACGAAUACGUUGAUCUGUAUGUGAAGAACUAGAAAUUAAGCUUCGGACCCGCAGUCCUAGGUAGAUUAACAAGUUUCGCCAUGGA